GGGCUCCAAAACUUUCUAACAUCUCUCUCUCUUUCGAUUCAAAGCCCUAAAUAAUCAGAAGAAGAAGAAGAGAAAAGAUGGAGAUGGCUCCAAAGUGAAUCGGAAACUGUGUGUCCGAAUUGAGAUUAAUUUCAACUGUUUCUUGGAAAUCUAAUAAAGAUUGAUAGACGUUGCUCCCUCCACCAGUGGAAGGAAGGCUGGUCUCUGUGAAGGCGUGAUAGAAAUAUUCUUACGCAGACUCAUUUCCAACCACCUUUACUGUUGCGCCACUUGUUAGAGUUCCCGGCAAUAGUAUUUUUUUGCUGAAAAUCUUGCAUGAGAGAAAAAUGGAUGGAAAGUUGGAAAUGUCCCUCGAUAAGCUACCUCUCAAGCGCUUGGAAUCCAUCGAAGAAAAUGGCUUCGAACGUUUUCCUACUGAUAUUGGAUAUGAUGAGAAGCAAGUGUCGCUAAUUCGACGAAUAGAUUUUGCUUGGGCGGUGGAGAAAGAAGACAAGGAGAAGAAACAGAAGAAAAAGCAGAAGAAGAGCUCCAGAGAGAGCUCAUCUACAACAACACCAUGGCCUUGGCAAAACAUGGUGGAGAACUUGCACUUAGCUCAUCAAGAACUCUCUGUCAUUAUUGAUCUUAUCAAUACGGUUGAAGCUAAUGAUGCUGUAACAGUAGCUGGGAUGACCAGGCCAAAGCCAUUACCCAAUGAGAUUCUGGCUGACCUUGCUGUAUCAACAGCAACCAAGCUACAGUGCUACAGGAAUCUUGGUAAAUAUUUUAAGCAGUCUGCCAAAGCUUUGGAACAGCAAGUUGCCAGGGAAGCAAGAUUUUAUGGUGCUUUAAUCAGAUUACAGCAGAACUGGAAAGUCAAACGGCAGCGUGUGGCAGCAAUUGCUCCUGGAAAUGAAGGCUUCAUGAUUGAUCUUUUUGAUAAUUCAUUAUAUGAUUCAGUUGCAGUAUUCCAGCCAUCUUCUCUGUCCACAAUUCGCAUCGAUCAUGACUCAGACGGCAUGCUAGCCAUAAAUUUACCUUCAAAAUCCUGUCAUUCUCUUGUUUUUGGUUUUCUCAGUGGGCAUUCUAAUGUUCCAAAGAAAUCCAAUAAGACUAAAACCCAUGGCUCACUCAAGAAUCCAUCUAAAAAACCUGAGAAAGAAUCUUUAAGUGAUAACGAAUGUGUGAAGGAUACACACUUACUGCUUCGUAAGGUUCAUCGAACCAUUUUUGAUGAACAGGUGUUUGAUAUGGUGAACCGUGGUGCAGUUAACCAAUCAUCUGGACUCAAUGUUACUGGAAUACAAGAAAAUUAUCUACAAUUGUGCAUAGGUCCUGGCAUUUCUAUAUUUAUAUCCAUUGUGCCAUCUGAUCAGGGUGAUCAAGCAAUUGAUAGUGAAGGCCCGGAGAACUUAGAAUCUGCAGUUGUACCUUUAGACUCGUUUGACGGAGUGAAGUUAGCUGAAGAAAAGCACAACAGUCUUACUAAAAAGCCUAGAUUUCCUAACUGCAUUACUUAUGAAAUAUAUCUCAAACAGAUAUUUCAUGAGUAUGUAUUUGUAGAAGCAAAGGGUAGACCUUCUUUCACUGGUACUCGCAUGCCUGGUCAACCAGCAAAUGAUGGAUCUGGUCUUCUCAGUCAUUUCUGUUUGUCUCUCUCUCAUAGAAUAAUUUCGAACAAAGUUCUUAUGGAGUUGGAAAACGUGGUUUGCAGAGUGCCAUAUCUUCAUUUGAUAUCUCACCCCACUUGGCAUUCUCGGUCAUCUGCAUGGACAAUCUUUAUGAAGAUUCCUCCAUCCAUUCUCCAUGCAAGCUCUCAAACCCGGACGCCAGACAUCCAAAACAUGAAGAAUGUUGUUAAAUCAGAGUUUUGGACUAAGGUUGUGGUACAUGAUGAUUGCAUUAACAUUGAAGCAGAAGGAGCUCCUAAUGUUGUUGGACUAUUUAAAGACAGUUCUGAUGAUAAAUGUUCUACCAACAAAUAUGACUGCAACUUGGAUGAUCUUCCUGUGAUAAUCCUGCAGCAGGUUGCAAGCCAGGUUAUUCGCUGGCUUCAUGAGGAAGCACUUGCAGUGGGAAUAAAAGCAAACCGUGACUUUUUGUGUUUGUCCUUUGAGUUGGAGCAGGGUGAAAUUCUUAACCUCGUGGCACACGUGGACCCAGAAGAUACUCAAGGAUGCAUCUCCUGGUGGUUGACAAUGGAAGACGGUUUUGCAGAGGAGAAGAAACUUCAUAUGAACAUUGCGGACGGUGCAUCCGAAUACAGGAAGUUCUUGGGAUAUUUACCGUUGGAUGUGCUAUACUCAACACUGAUGGAUUUAGUUAGUUUGUGUGGUGGUGGGAGCCAUUGAGAAACCACGUCUUUCUUGACUGAUUAAUUGAAGAGACUUUAGAGACCACACUAUUGUGCAUAAUUUUGCAUAAAUCUGAAUGGUAGAGAUGGUCAUCUCCAUGGUCUAACGGAGUGAAAAUAUAACCUUCCAUGAUUCCCUGCAAGCAGCCACGAAGUCCAAUUCAUGUUUGUUGCUAGAUUUCGUAGAAUAAUCUUAUCGACCUGUCUUUGCCCUGUAUAAUUUGAGCUUACAAGUGUCUGGAAAGAUUUUAGCUUACUAGUUCUUUCUUGUGUUGUGUAUUUUUUUUUAUAUUUUUCCAAACAAGCAUGAGAAAUCCCACAAGUAUUACUGCAACGGAGAAGAAGAUCCAUGUGGAGAGCGGGAAAUAGGAGAGACAGAUUGACACCGAUGGUCUCUGAGCAUUGAUGCUGAAUUCUGGCAAUCUCUUGAUAAAGAGUUCCUUGGAGCGAAUUGAAUGGCUAAUCAGCAUCUGCUGAAUCUUGGGGUUUUUUUAACGUCUAGAAAAGACUUUAUUGAAGAAAAAAAACCAAAAAAUUGUUCCCCCGUGUUUCUUUAUAAAGUUCAAGGUUUCAUGUAAA